CAGUUGCUGGUCACGUGACGUCGAAGACCGCCCGAGGCUGGCGCGACGCGGGCUGGGGCCAUCGGCCACGCCCCCCGCCUCUCAAUAGAAUGCGUCUAUUCUAUUGACGUUGAGGGCUGCAAACGGUUGCGCAGCAUCUGUGGUCGUCGUCCUCUUCGCCGCGCGCUGACCGAGUGAAGUGCCUCGCCCCAUGGCGACCGGGCGGCCUUUCCAGCUGGUGGUCUUUGGAGCCUCGGGCUUCACGGGACAGUUCGUGGUCGAAGAGAUCGCCCGGGUAGCUGCCGAGGAUGAGCUGCGCGGCUCGCUGCGCUGGGCCGUGGCCGGCAGGAACCGGGAAAAGCUGCAGGCUGUGGUCGAAAAAGCGGCCGGGAAACUGGGGAAGGCAGAGCUGAAGCCAGAAGUUGGCAUAAUAUUGUGUGAUGUCAGUGAUCCAUCCUCACUUGAUAAUAUGGCUAAACAAACUGCUAUUGUUCUGAACUGUGUAGGCCCAUACAACUUAUUUGGAGAGCCUGUGGUGAAAGCUUGCGUUGAGAAUGGUACAAACUGUGUCGACAUUAGCGGAGAACCUCAGUUCCUGGAAGGAAUGUAUUUGAAUUAUAAUGACAAAGCUGCAGAAAAAGGAGCAUAUAUUAUUGGGAGCUGUGGCUUCGACUCUAUCCCAGCAGAUAUGGGAAUAUUGUACACCAGAAACAACUUGAAAGGUACCUUAACUGCAGUUGAAAGUUUUGUGACAGUAAAAUCCGGCCCAGAGGGUGCCUCCAUUCAUGAUGGGACCUGGAAAUCAGUUGUGCACGGUCUUGCAGAUCAAGAUAAUCUGAAGAAAAUUCGAAGGCAAAUAGGACACAAACCCCUUCCAGUGAUUGGAGCAAAACUUAGAAGAAGAGGUGCAGUGUUUUACAGUAACGAGCUUAAACAGUAUUCCAUUCCAUUCAUGGGAUCAGAUGCCUCUGUAGUAAAAAGAACUCAGCGCUAUUUGCACACCCACCUGAAUGAAAUGCCUGUGCAAUACGCUGCUUACGCAACUGUGGGUGGUAUUGGAUCUGUCAUUAAGCUAAUGUUUGCUGGCCUUUUAUUUUUAAUGCUUGUGAAGUUCAACUUCGGAAGAAAGCUCCUGAUAAAAUAUCCUGAAUUUUUUUCUGGAGGAUAUUUUACAAAGGAAGGACCAACAGAAAAACAGAUGAAAGGGUCAUCCUUUCAAAUGACAUUUUUUGGUGAGGGAUACAGCACAGGCCAAGAUCCACAGCAAGGCAAACCAAAUGUUAAAAUCUGCACCCAAGUGAAGGGACCAGAGGCUGGCUAUGUUGCUACACCCAUAGCAAUGGUUCAGGCAGCUGUGGCACUUCUGAAGGACAAAAGUUCUCUUCCUAAAAAAGGUGGUGUUUAUUCUCCUGGAGCUGCAUUCUUUAAUACAAAACUUAUUGACAGACUCAACCAGCAUGGAAUUGAGUUUUCUGUAAUUAGCAAGCCUGAAGCCUAAAAUGAGAAAAAACAUUCUGAAGGACUGGGGGACUAACACAUAUUUGUAUGGUACUUGUAUACCAAAAGAGAUCAAUUAAGAAUAUUUAAUAAAUAAUUGCAAAUUGUAUUGUAUGUAAUGUGAAACCUGUUUCAUAUUGUUGCUUGAAAUGGGUGGAAGGAAGAUUGAACUUUCACUACUGGAAAUAUGUCUACAUGCAUUGUAACACAGCAGUUAAAUGAAAAGAAUACUGUAUGAAUUAAUAAUCCUAGAACCAUAGUGCUUUUUGGAAUCAAAGGCUUGAAGUUAACAGAUUCAUCCAAUGUAACUAGUUGUGUUAAUUUUUAAAAACUAAUGGAUGACUAAAGUAGUAUUUUUGUUUGGAAUUGUGAAAGUUGUGGCUGAUUUUACUAUACAAUCUGUGCCUUUCACUGAUUAACUAAUGCUAGCUUCAGUGUUCUGGUAAGUUGUGUGUAGCAGUCUUUCACACACAGAUCUCCCUAUUCAUCUUUACUUAGUCAUGACCAAGGCUGUAAGCUGCAUAAAUAUUUACCUGCGAGUAAGCCCCAUUGGCCACUGAGACUUGCUGCAGCUCAUGUACAUAUUUGGUAAAAAGAUGUCUGUUGCAACCAAUGGAACAAAUUACUUAGGUUUAAGUUAGGCCUGGUGGGAUCUAGUUGCAGUUAACUGAGCUCUGUGUAGGGGAGAGUAGUUAGCUUGUUGUUUGACACUAGUAGCUUUGCAACAUAACUGAACAGUUAACUUUCCUUUCCUAUGGAAACAACCCCAAGCCAGAAGGAAGAUUUCUAGCAGCCGUUAUGUCCUUUGGUUCUUAUUUUUCAAUGUAAUAAAAGAGAGUUAUAAAUCUA